AUGAGUUUUUCUGACGAAGAAGAUUUUAACGACAUUUACGGUGACGAUAAUAAGCAGGGAGGUAAUCCUACAAAUGCUGGUGAGGACAAGCCUGCUAACGACUCAGUAGGUUCCUCUGAGCAGCAAGUUCAAAAAGAGGAAUUGAAGGCGGAAGAAUCUGGUUCCGCCAACGAUGGUACCGCUAGUAGCACCUCAAUUGCAAAUCCUCCAUCUUCCUCCUUGGAUCAAUUGGCCGCAUUACAAGUCUUAUCUUCCAAUUUGAACCAGCUACAGCAACAGUCUACAAGUAAUAAUUCAAAUAAUAAUACUACUACUUCUGAUAACACAAAUAAUGACUCAAAUAAAGGCCUUGCACAAGACCAAUUACUUACGCAAGGAAUGCCGGACUUGUCUCAAUUGCAACAACUGCAACAGACUAUGAACCAAUUACAGCAACAGGCUACUCCGCUCACACCACAGCAACAGCAGGAAGCUAAACAGAUCAAGGCUGACCUUUCUCGUGAUAUUAAUAAGAUGUUCAUCGGUGGUUUAAACUGGGAAACUACAGAGGACAAUUUGCGUGAGUACUUUUCGAAGUAUGGUGCUGUUACAGAAGUGAAAAUUAUGAGAGAUGGAACUACUGGUCGGUCAAGAGGAUUUGGAUUCCUAUCCUUUGCGGAUGCUUCAAGUGUAGAUGAAGUGGUCAAAACUCAGCAUAUAUUGGAUGGUAAGGUCAUUGACCCCAAAAGAGCUAUCCCAAGAGAAGAACAAGACAAGACUGGUAAGAUCUUCGUUGGUGGUAUUGGUCCCGAUGUAAGGCCAAAAGAAUUCGAGGAGUUUUUCUCCCAAUGGGGGUCAAUUAUCGAUGCCCAGCUAAUGUUGGAUAAAGAUACUGGUAGAUCCAGAGGUUUCGGUUUUAUUACUUACGACUCUCCAGAUGCUGUCGAUAGAGUAUGCCAGAAUAAAUUUAUUGAAUUUAAGGGUAAGCGCAUCGAAAUCAAGAGAGCCGAACCAAGGCAGGUACAGAAGCAAAGAACUACCAAUGCUUCACCUACUUCCCAGACUACUGCAUUCGUCAAUGGCCAAACGCCACAACCACAACAAUUCCAAAUGCUUGCUAACCCAAUGAUGGCCAACCCAAUGUUUAACCCACAGGCCAUGGCUGACUACUACGCCAAGAUGCAAGAAUAUUAUCAACAAUCUGGUAUUGAUUACAGUCAAAUGUACCAGCAGCAGGUACAGCAAAUGCAACAGAUGAUGUCAAUGAUGGCAGGUGGCGGUGGUGCCAACGCUGCUGGGAUGCCAAAUGCUAUGCAAGCAGGCGGUGCUGCUCCAUCUGGAGACGACGGGAACGGUGUCCCUACUAUAGGCGAGGACUCUUCGUCAAGCUCAUCAGGUAAGGACAACAACGAAAAGGAAUCAUCCAACAAUCGUCAUGAUUCAUACGGAAACAGAGAUAGAGAAAGGUCACCAGAUGCUCGUAGGGGCCACAGGAGUUACAAUGACCGUGAAGAAGGCCAUGGCUUCCGCCGUGAGAAUCGCGAUCGUGGAUUCCGUGGACGCGAACGUCGUGGUGGAGGUUAUGGUAGAGACAGACGUGGUUAUCACCCAUAUUCUAGGUAA